AAGUCUGAGCUGCGGAUGCUCCUCAGCGUGAUGGAAGGAGAACUGGAGGCCAGAGAUCUCGUCAUCGAGGCCCUGCGGGCUCGGCGGAAGGAGGUAUUUAUCCAGGAACGAUAUGGGAGAUUUAACUUAAAUGACCCAUUCCUGGCGCUCCAGAGAGACUAUGAAGCAGGUGCUGGGGAUAAAGAGAAGAAGCCAGUUUGUACCAACCCGCUCUCCAUCCUGGAAGCCGUCAUGGCCCACUGCAGGAAGAUGCAGGAGCGGAUGUCCACACAGCUGGCUGCCGCUGAGAGCAGGCAGAAGAAGCUGGAAAUGGAGAAGCUGCAGCUCCAGACCCUGGAGCAGGAGCACAAGACGCUGGCUGCGCGGCUGGAGGAGGAGCGGGUCAAGAACAAGCACGUGGUGCUGAUGCUGGUCAAGGAGUGCAAGCAGCUCUCGGGCAAGGUCAUCGAGGAGGCCCAGAAGGUGGAAGAAGCCCUGGCCCAGCUGGAGGAGGAGAAGAAAAGGGCCAGUGGCCUGGAGGAGGAGCUCUCCGGAGAGAAGCGAAGGAGUGCGGAGAUGGAAGCUCAGAUGGAAAAGCAGCUGUCCGAGUUUGAUACCGAGCGGGAGCAGCUCCGUGCCAAGCUGAGCCGCGAGGAAGCACACACGACUGACCUCAAAGGGGAGAUCGACAAGAUGAAGAAGAUGACUGAGCAGCUGAAAAGGGGAAACGACAGCAAGCCCAGUCUCUCUCUUCCUCGGAAGGCGAAAGAUAGGCGUUGGGUUUCCGUAUCCGUGGGCACAGAAGGCCCUGGGACAGGGUCUGUGGCAUGUCAGACCGACCUGGGGGUGGAAAGCACCGACCACGUGAAGAAGUUGCCUCUGACGGUGCCUGCCAAGCCUGCUGCCGGGAGCCCCCUCGUAGCUGCAAGUGCAAAGGGGAGUGGGGGCGCCACUGCCCCACUGGCCAGGCCUGGGGUUGACAGACAGGCUUCCCAUGCUGACUUGAUUGUGUCCUCUCCACCCACCAUCCCGCCUCCGAGUACAAACAAAAUUGAGGAAAAUGGACCGAGUACUAGCUCAGGGCCAGAUACACCAAGCAGCACAGCCCCUCUUCCCAGUAACGCUGCCCCUCCCGCCAUUCAGACACCAAACGCAGCCGCCCAGAACUACCCGGCGCAGGCUCCUUCUACGCACACUGUCCAUUCACCAUGUGCCAAUGCGGCUUUGCAUCCGGCUCUAACCCCACGGGUCCAAGCAGUGAGGUUUAGAUUUCAGGGCAAUGCUAACAAUGACCAGGACCAAAAUGGAAACAACACUCAAAGUCCCCCUUCCAGAGAUGUCUCUCCCACGAGUCGUGACAACCUAGUGGCCAAACAGCUCGCUCGGAACACCGUGACCCAAGCGCUGUCAAGAUUUACAAGCCCUCAAGCAGGUGCUCCCCCCAGGCCGGGGGCACCCCCCACGGGGGAGGGCAGCACCCACCCUCCAGUUGGUCGGACCAGUUUAAAGACUCCCGGUGCAGCACGUGUUGACAGAGGAAACCCGCCCCCCAUCCCUCCAAAAAAGCCAGGGCUCUCCCAGACUCCUUCUCCACCACACCCCCAACUCAAAGUUCUCCUGGAUAGCAGCCGGGCCUCGAACGCAGGGCCCAAAGUUGAUCAUAAAACGGUGGCUUUGCCUCCCACCAGUGUGCCACAAGGGAACAGGGUCAUAAAUGAGGAGAGCCUCCCUAAGUCAUCCUCCCCCCAGCUGCCACCAAAACCCUCCAUAGAUUUAACUGUGGCACCCGCAGGCUGUGCCGUUUCAGCCCUGGCCACGUCUCAGAAAAUACAAAAGGUAAAAUGUACCACAGAGGAGCCUGCUUGCUGGUCACCCUCCCUAACCCCUUUGCUAAUGAGUGGUGGUCCUGCCCCCCUGGCUGGCAGGCCCACCCUUCUUCAGCAAGCUGCUGCCCAGGGAAAUGUCACUUUACUGUCAAUGCUGCUUAAUGAAGAAGGACUCGACAUCAAUCACUCUUGCGAAGAUGGCCAUUCUGCCUUGUAUUCUGCUGCUAAGAAUGGACAUACAGACUGUGUGAGAUUGCUGCUGAAUGCAGAAGCCCAAGUCAAUGCUGCUGAUAACGAUGGCUUCACACCCGUGUGUGCUGCAGCUGCUCAGGGACACGUCAAAUGUGUAGAAUUAUUAGUUGCAUACCAUGCUAACAUUAAUCAUGCUGCUGCUGAAGGACAGACACCUCUCUACCUGGCCUGUAAAAAUGGAAAUAAAGAAUGUAUUAAACUCUUAUUGGAAGCUGGAACAGACCGAAGUGUAAAAACCAGAGAUGGCUGGACACCAGUUCACGCUGCGGUGGACACUGGUAGUGUGGAUGGCCUCAAGCUCCUCCUGUACCACAGAGCACCGGCUUGUGGGGAUGGGCUGGACACGGAGGCGUCCAGACUGGGUGUCUUUGAUUUGGAUGAAGGAGAAGCAAACCCUGAAAGCACGCCCACGCCCGUUAUCCCCGCCGACCUCAUUAACCACGCCAACAGGGAGGGCUGGACGGCUGCCCACAUUGCUGCUUCGAAAGGUUUUAAGAACUGCCUAGAGAUCUUGUGUCGUCACGGAGGGCUGGAGCCCGAAAGGAAAGACAAGUGCAAUCGGACUGUACAUGACGUCGCCACAGAUGACUGCAAACACCUGCUGGAGAAUUGGAAUGCUCUUAAAAUACCCUUAAGGAUCUCAGUGGGCGAGACUCAAGGAGACAACUCCGGUCCCGAUGAGUUUGAAAGUGAACACACAAUAUGCGCGUUAAAUAUCCGCAAACCAACAUCAUGGGACGAUUUUUCGAAAGCAGUGAGUCAAGCUCUGACCAGUCAUUUCCAAGCGAUCUCUUCUGAUGGAUGGUGGAGUCUGGAGGACGUGACGCUCAACAGCCCCGCUGAAGCCAGCAUCGGCCUCAGUGCCACCAGCGUCCUGUCCAUCACACUAGGAAACGUGCCAUGGUCAGUUGGGCAGAGCUUCACCCAGUCCCCGUGGGACUUCCUGAGGAAGCAUCAGGCCGAGCAGGUCACUGUGCUCUUGUCAGGUCCCCAAGAAGGCUGCCUCAGUAGUGUGACGUACGCAUCUAUGAUCCCUCUUCCUGUGCUGCAGAACUACCUAAGGCUGGUCGAGCAAUAUCACACUGUCAUUUUCCAUGGUCCAGAAGGAAGCUUGCAAGACUACAUAGCGCUCCAGCUUGCACUCUGCAUGAAGCACAGACAGGCGGCUGUGGGGUUCUCAUGUGAUAUAGUUAGAGCUGAUGUUGAUGCUGGUUUCUCCAAAGAACAGCUGGUCGACCUGUUCAUCAAGAGCGCCUGUCUGAUCCCAGCGAAGCAAUCGCCGGCUAGCAAGAAAACCAUCAUCAUCUUGGAGAAUUUGGAGAGAGCGUCGUUGUCUGAACUCUUGGGGGACUUUCUGGCACCUCUGGAAAAUCGCAGCCCUGAAAGCCCCUAUACGUUUCACAAAGGAAAUGGAACAUCCGAAUGUUACUACUUCCAUGAGAACUGCUUUCUGGUGGGAACCAUCGCCAAGGCCUGUCUCCAGGGCCCCGACCUGCUGGUGCAGCAACACUUCCGCUGGGUCCAGUUGCGGUGGGAUGGCGAGCCCAUGCAGGGUCUGCUGCAGAGGUUCUUAAGAAGGAAAGUUGUGAAUAAGUUCCGAGGAAAGCUCCCCUCGCCUGGCGAACCCGUGUGCAAGAUGGUCGACUGGGCCCUGUCCGUCUGGCGCCAGCUCAACUCCUGCCUCUCGCACCUGGGCACACCUGAAGCACUGCUGGGACCGAAGUGUUUCCUGUCUUGUCCGGUAGUCCCCGGACAUGCACAAGCAACAGUGAAGUGGAUGUCCAAGCUGUGGAACGCCGUCAUUGCCCCCAGAGUGCAAGAUGCCAUACUGUCAAGAGCCUCUGUGAACAGACAACCCGGUCUUGGACAAACAGCUGCUAAGAAACACCCCAGCCCCGGGCAGCAGGCUGUGGUGAAAGCUGCUCUCAGCAUCUUGCUUCACAAAGCUGUGCUGCACGGCUGCCCCCUCCCGCGAGCAGAGCUCGACCAGUCUAUGGCUGACUUCAAAGGAGGAAGUUUCCCUUUGUCCCUCGUUUCAAGUUACAGCAGUUGUGGCAAAAAGAAAGGAGAGAAUGGCGCGUGGAGAAAAGUGAGCACCAGUCCUCGCAAGAAGUCUGGUUGGUUCUUUUCACCCACCUGGAGUAAGCCGGACCUGAGUGAUGAAGGUAUAAAAAGUAAGACGAUAUCACAACCGAACUGUAACCGAAAUGCCUCUCUAUCAAGACAAAAGUGUUUGGAGAAUGAUCUGUCGUUGGCGUUGAAUCUGGACCAAAGGCUCUCUCUGGGCUCCGAUGACGAAGCAGACCUCGUUAAGGAACUGCAGAGCAUGUGCUCUAGCAAAUCCGAGUCUGAUAUAAGCAAGAUUGCUGACACCAGGGAUGAUUUAAGGAGGUUUGAUAGUUCCAGAAACCGCCCUGCACCCUCAGCAACUGUUACGAAUCCAAGGAUGCCAGUGUCACAAAAGGAGGUCAGUCCUCUCAGCAGCCAUCAAACUAUGGAACGCAGCAACAGGACGCUAAAGACCGAGUUGGGCGUUUCAAGAGUUAAAUCUUUUCUCCCUGUUCCUAGAAGUAAAAUCACCCAGUGCUCCCAGAACACCAAACGAAGCAGCAGCAGCAGUAAUACAAGGCAAAUAGAAAUCAAUAACAACUCAAAAGACGAGAUUUGGAACUUACGCAACAAUGAACAAAUAGAAAAACCUAACCAAUAGGCCUGCCUACAAUCUUCUCACGAUCAACUUCUGUCUAUGUCACACCAGGACCAAGGACAACACUGUAAAUAGCUUCCAACACAUCAUUUUCUCUGUAAUAUAAGGUGUGAUGCGGGACCACUAUUCAAUCUUUGUAAAGAAUGUAUUUAUUGCCCACAUUUUCUUCCCUCCUCCUUUUUUUAAGUCUGUAAAGUUGAACUCCGAUACCAUGGCGUGAUGCCAGCUUCUCAAGUAGUUUUAUAAUGGAAAAAUUAUCAUAGUUUUAGUUAAAAUGCCCAGGGGUAUCAAAACAGAAUUGUCUCUGUACUGUAUAUCUAUAGAUAUUUGUACAUAUAUAUGUAUAUAUAUUAAAGAAAAUCCCUAAGUUGUAUUGCAAACUACAAGUUAUACAGUGUGUAUAUCAUUGGCUUAGAAUAUUUGUACCAUUUUAAAUGGAGACCAUAAUUUGAUGUUCACUUGGUGAGAAAUAAUUAGAAUGGGGCAAUAAUAAAUCAUUACAAUUUCUUUUCAUUACAAGCCAUAUUAAGUAUGUUGCCUGUUAAAUUCUAGUUUUACAUUCUAAAUCUUCUAAAGGUUACAUUGUUGUUUGGUUGCGUCAUGUAUAUUUAUGCUUAUAACGUUGCAUUCUAGCUCUUAUAAAAUAUGAAAUUAUAAUGCAAUAAAAGUGUUAUCUUUCUUAUAAAAGUUUUGUACCUAAAUGGAUAUAAAAAUAACUACAUUCCUAAAUACUUCAAUAAAUUAAUUUAGAAUUAAAUCUCUCUUCAGUUUUAGUUCUAGUGGCACAACUGAUAAUAAAAAUGAUCGUAUUUUCUAGAACUCUUUCUUCAAAAAUUACUGAUAAAAUCACUUUUACUUAUACAACCCAGUUACUUUGACAAGAAAUAAAAUAUUGACUUAGUGAAA